AGGAUCUCCGAGGGGCUGAUUGUCAAACGCGGCCAGGGUGUCCGCCCCGUUGAGGCCACGAUGAUGGACUUCGUCCGCGCCCGGACGAGCAUCCCCGUUCCUACCGUGCACCUCGUCUUCACCCGCAUCGAGAACAUGGACAUCCCCCAACAUGUAACAACGUACAUCGUGAUGGACUGCAUCCCCGGCCCCACCCUGCAGUACCUCUGGGCGACGAUGGACGCGCCCACGAAGACGUCGGUGCUCGCACAGCUGCAGAGCUACCUUCGCGAGCUGCGCAGCAUCCCUGCAGACCCGGACACCACUCCUGGUCCGAUCGGCGGGGACAUGUUGGAGGGGAUGUGGUUUGGAGAAAACGGCAUCCCCCGGUUCCCGUCGCACCAGGCCCUGGUCGACUGGUGGAACCGCUGCUUUCCGCGUCCGGGCGAGAUAUACUACCACCCUUCCAUCCCGGACGACCGGUUCCACGCAGACCAGCCGCUCGUGUUCACGCACGGGGACUUCAACCCGCGGAACCUCAUUCUGCAUGAGGGGGUGGUGUGGGUCAUCGACUGGCAGCUCGCUGGGUGGUAUCCGUGGUUUAUCGAGCCCACGCGGAUUGCG